AUGAAGAAAAAAGGGCAUCAAAAGAUAUUCCAAAUAUUCAUGCUCAUGCUCGGGCUUUUGAGAGAAGCGCAGGCUCAAGGACAGAGUUGCGCUAAUUUGACUUGCCCUGGAACUUGUGCUUGUAGAUUUAUCGAGUUUGAUGUAAAAUUUGACAAUUGCGAGUGCCUCUCCGACCAAAGCCCUUGCGAAGCGCGCCCAACAGAAACCUGCGAUGUCGAGGCUCCCUUUUUCUACGAAUGUGUUGACAUUUUAAUCGAAAACUCAGGAGGCGGGGAAGAGUUGGACAAGCUAUGCACUUGCCCGCUUGGACGAGCAACGCACUUUGAUUUGAGCACUUUUAGCUUGGUUUGCAUCGAUGUUGAUGAGUGUUCUUCUGGGGAGCAUAAUUGUGGCUCGACGGCGAUCUGCGCGAAUACCGAUGGCUCUUACAUUUGUGAGGACAUCGACGAGUGCUCCGAAGGAACCCACAACUGCGCCGCCUCCGAGACCUGUCUCAAUCACGAAGACGGCUUUUCAUGUCAAAUAAAUGACAUGUGCGCGGUCCUUCAGCCUUGCCACGAGCGAGCCACUUGCGAAAACACCGAUGACGGGAGCUAUAUUUGCACAUGCGCUUCAGGCUUCGAAGGCGACGGUGAAAUAAGCUGCGAGGACAUCAACGAGUGUACUAGUGGAGGCUGGCCGAGGGGUGGUUGCGAUUGGUGGGGAAAUGGUGGAAAGUGCAUCAACGAAAUUGGUUCUCAUCGCUGCAACUGUGCCAAUGGAUAUCAGGGCGACGGAGAAAAUUGUGAAGAUAUUGACGAGUGCAAAGAAAAGACCCAUUCAUGCGCUGAAGACUCAAAGUGCUCGAAUUCGCCGGGAAGUUAUUCUUGCCAAUGUCUGACUGGCUUUUCUGGUGAUGCUUAUUUAGCUUGUGAUGACAUCAAUGAAUGUCUGAACUCUCCUUGCGCAGAAAAUGCUUCUUGCUCAAAUACUCGAGGAAGUUUUUCGUGUUCUUGCAAUUCUGGCUUCGCUGGUGACCCCCGUACGUCCUGUGAGGAUAUCAAUGAAUGCGAAGGCGACCACGGUUGUCCUGUUAAUUCGCGGUGCACCAAUCUUGAGGGGUCUUUCAAGUGCGAAGGAUUCGCGAUGAAAAACGGGCGUUUUGAAGACAUAGACGAGUGUGCCAACAAUCCUUGCCAUCAUAACGCGAAUUGUGUGAACAACGAUGGGAGUUUUGACUGCAUUUGCCAAGAUGGAUAUCACGGGGACGGCUUCGUUUGCGAUCUGACAGUGAAUUGCUUUGUCGACAAUGGUGGCUGUAGUCACUUUUGCAAUAUCCCAAGCGGCUGCUCCUGCCCAGGCUCUUGCUGGAAUCUUGAUUCGGAUAACAAAACAUGCGUUCCUGAUGUAGAGAAAUCGGAGAUGCAGUGCCUACCCGGCUCGAUGGACAUUUCUAUUGACGGUUGUUUGUUCGAAGACGGGAAAAAUUACGAGCUUCAGAUGAUUGAUCCAAACUGCAUAUUGAGCAAAAAUGGUGGAUUUUUCGAGCUCGAAGUUGAUUUUGAUGAGUGCGGCACUUAUAUUGACAAGAUGAAUGGCCAAGUUCUCAUGUCGCAAAAAGUACAAGCAAUGACAGGCGAUCCUCUCAGCCAAAUUAUCGAGGAAUUCGAUUUCGAGUGCAGCUACAAUUCGACAUAUAUAGUUGCUGCUUCAACCAGACUUGAGCUUGACGAUACUCCGUUGGAAGUAAAAAGUGAAACUGAAGAAGGAAUUUUUGACUUCUCACUCAAUCUCUUUUCCAAUGAUGAAUUUGUGGAGAAAUUAUCAGAAGAUGAUGUAAUCAAUGUUGGGGAGAAGGCGUUCUUUGCUAUUCAGGCUGAAAAUUUCCCGGAGAGUCUUUACUUUUUCGUGCAAAAAUGCUCCAUCGAAGAAAUCGGCACUUCAAGCUCGUUUGACAUCAUUUCAAGUCCUGGCUGCAACAACUUGAUCACCUCUACUUCUUCUCCCGAUCCAUACAUCACCAGCGGCGCCGGAAUGAAACGAUUUGAGUUCCAGUCAUUCACUUUUACAAGUUCAACAAAAGCAAUCGCGGAGGAAAUUUUGAAAUGUGAAAUUCAAGUCUGCCUUCAAGAUGAAUGUCCCGAAACUGCAGCUUGCGGGACUGCGAACUCCGUAAGAAGACGGAGAGAUAAUUACUGA